CUUUUACCUUUCAUACAACGACAUAAAGAUUUAUACAGCUUCACUAAUCGAUCAUCAACAAGGAUGGGUAAAAGUAUAUAAGGUUCAUCGUUGUAAUGAUGGUCCAGAUCGCUUGAAAGAUCGCACUUCGGGAAAACAUGAAAUACGUACCUUGCAUCCUCAUUUUCUUAGUGGCUAGUUGCGUAGCCGAACAGACCAUGGAGAUAGGUGAUGGAAAGUAUAACUUUGCUUAUAGCACAGGAGAUGACGGUGGCCACAAGAGAGAAGAAAGCGGAGGAAGUGAUGGAAUCAUUAGUGGAAAGUACAGUUACAAAGAUCCCAAUGGUAACAUUCGCGUAGUAAGUUAUAAAGCUGGAGCAGGCAUCGGUUUUCAAGCUGAAGGAGAUAUUAGUGUUGAUAAAAAGACAGCCGAAGAAGCGGAAAAACUUGCAGCUUUAGCACCUAAACCAAUUACCGUCGAUCUGAAAGCUGCACCUUUACCAUUCCCAUAUUAUGCAGGUUUUCCUCUUCCACCAGUUGUACCUCAUCCUUAUGCGUUUGGUUUCGCUGCAGCACCAGCAAUUUAUUGGUAAAUCAAUUGAAAAUCUGUGAGUUCUUGCUCAAGCGGUGUUGGUUGUGAUAUAUGUCUCUUUGGAGGAAUAAAAUACCAAAAAAAAAAAAA